UCUUUCAGAGCAUCCUUCAAACUCCACCAAGUUUAGUUCAUCUGUUCACUUCACAGCUCCUUCGCUUAGUUCAACGCCACAAAAUAGUUCAAUCCGUAGCUUUAUGGGGAAAAAGAUAGGAAAGUGGCGAGGAGGAUUAUUAUAUCGGCAUUGAACGGGCGAGCAGACUCAUUGGUGUGAAUGGCCUAAUUCUGCUCCUUAGUGUUUUUGUUGGGCCUGUCAAGCGAUCAACUGAUGUGUAAAGGUGACAUUGAGCAUGUUCAAUCAGCAGAAUACAACGUGUCUCUUCCAGCUGAAGCAUGUGUUCCCCUCGUCUGUCUUUAUUUCCUAACUUUCUUCAUUCUUUCACGGUAUGUGGGUGUCACUUGAGACCAGCAUUUGUAUUCCAACAGUAAAUGUUUUUGGAAUGAGAGAGGUGCACAAUGAACAAUUAACCACAUGGCAGUGAAUCUGCAGUCGUACAUAGGUAAGACCAGCAAUGCUGAAGAAUGUUGGCAGAAGACCAGAAUCUGAAUCUGAGAGAGAGGAUGCUGAUAACUGCAAAAGAGUCAAGUUCGACCCGAAUGUUUCUGGUUCAGUUCUCGACUUCAAAAGCCCAGCCAGCUUGUUUGAGAGCCUGAUCUCUCCCAUUGGAAGUAAAGAGUUCUUCAGUGAAUAUUGGGAACAGAAACCCCUUCUAAUUCAGAAAAAUAACCCUUCAGUAACUGCUUACUAUCAGUCAUUAUUUAAGUUUGAUGAUCUAAAGGAAAUCUGCAGAAAUGAUGUAUUUUAUGGAAGAGAUGUUAACUUUUGUCGAUGUAUAAGUGGGAAGAAGAAAGUUUUAAAUAAAGAUGGGAAGGUUAAUUACACACAGUUGAAGAAAGACUUUGAACAGAAGAAAGCUACAAUACAGUUUCACCAGCCACAGAGAUUCAAGGAUGAAUUGUGGAAGGUCCAGGAAAAAUUGGAAUGUUUCUUUGGAUCAUUAGUUGGAUCUAAUGUUUACAUCACACCAGAGGGUUCUCAGGGUCUGCCACCGCAUUAUGAUGAUGUUGAGGUGUUUAUUCUGCAGCUGGAAGGAGAAAAACACUGGCGACUCUACAAACCGACAAAACCUCUAGCUCGUGAAUACAGCACAGAACCUGAAGAUCGGAUUGGAAGUCCAACCCAUGAAUUUAUAUUAAAGCCAGGUGAUUUGUUAUAUUUUCCCAGAGGAACAAUCCACCAAGCAGAUACCCCAACUGGAGGCUCACAUUCUACCCACAUUACCAUAAGCACCUAUCAAAACAAUACCUGGGGAGAUUAUCUCCUUGAUGUGAUUCCUUGGUUAGUAUAUGAUACAAUGAAAGAAGAUAUUGAACUAUCCAGAGGCCUGCCUAAGCAAUAUCUUAUGCAGAUGAGUUCAUCAGCUGAUUCAGCAAGGAAACUGAGUGAAUUUCUGCGAGGAUUAGCAGAUCAGCUAGAGAAUGGAAGAGAAACCAGAUCAUCUGAAAUGAGAAAAGAUUUUAUUUUAAACAGAUUACCUCCAUAUAUGGGUAACACAGAUUGUUUGACACAAGCUGGAAAAUUGCCAAAACUCAAUGAUCAGAUCAAAUUAAGAUUUAAAGACCAUACAGCGAUUUUGGUGGAACUUGAUCAAGAAAGGACGGAUGAAUCUCGAGAUAUGAUGGUGUAUGUAUAUCAUUCUCUGAAAAAUAGCAGGGAGAACCACAUGAUGGGGGCUGAGGAUAAUGAAGAAGAAGAAUGUUUUCGGGCUCAUGGUUUGAGAUUUUCAUGGUCUCAUUUGGAGGCACUGAAACAACUUUGGACAAAUGACACAGUUCCUGUGAAUGAUCUCAAACUGGACUCAGAUAAAGCUAAAGAGAAUCUUGCUUUGUGUUUGUGGACAGAAAAUUUAAUUGAAGUGAGCUAAGUAAACUAAGCCAUCGUUUGAGUUAGUUCAUCAUUUGAGUGCCUUUUUGCUGUUGCAAAUUGCAAUAAAAACAUAUAACUGAAAAACGUUUGCUUUGUGGAGUAAUCAUCUAACCACAUAGAUAUUUAGUAUUUGCAAUUCUGCAUGUCUUCUGACAAAUAUAGGAAAUAAUUUAUUAGGUAUACAUUUUCAUGUCACAACAUACUGCACAUAUUCUGAAUUUUAUUAUGCACUGUAUAAUGUACAGAGUAAAUAUGAUUCCCUAAUGAUACCUUCUCCAUCCUCAUGGACAUUAUGAUCUUUAUAUUAUAAAAAUUUCUUCAUAUGCAUUUUUUAAAAAGUCUACACACCUUUUUCUUAAAAAAAAACAUACAUAUAUACUUGUGUAUAAGUUGAAUUUUUAAACUUUUUAUGUUAAAUUUAUUCAGUCGACUGUUACAUGGAUAGUACUUUUGAGAGGCUGAAAUUCAUGCUACUGUCUAAAAUACCAUAUCAUUAUCAGAACCCAAUUGAUCUCUAAACGAAUAAAGAAAAAAAACACAAUGAAUUAUGGUAAUCAUUGGAUAAAAACUGUAGAAACAAAAAUGAAUUAGUAAGGUUUUAUUUUUGCAUACAAAAAGUGAAGUAGUAGUAAUACGGCUUUAAAUUAUAAUUACAUGGUACAUCAUGUCAAAUACAAAAGUUCAUUUAAAUCCUGCAAAAUUGCACUGUUCAACAUCUUCAGUUCACAGUUCGAUUCUCCGGCAUGCUGAGAGUAAUAGGUGUCACAUCCAUGUUUCUAAUGCAUAAUAACUUGUAACUUCCCUAAUGCCGAUUUCUGAUUACAAACUGGUGUAACAGUAAUAUCUUUCCUUCGAGUUCAGUGGGCAGGUUUUAUGCAGUUUGAGUUCUUUCCUGAAGUAGUAAGUCAUGUCUUCUCUCAAACCUUAUGCACCAUCCAGCACUUAUCUUAAAAUCUGAAAUUCCAUCCUUCAUUGAUUUGUUUUGUGCAUGGAUCCAGAUGACUUCACGAAUGACACAUUUUCCAUUUUGAUGAUUUUCAAGUACCCACUCAGCAACUUUUUUCUCCAGUUGUGGCCACUGGCUUGCUUUACCUCUUGUUGGCACACUUUCAUUUUGGCACUGUCUGAAGUUGGUUCAGUAUCUUUCUCCAGUCUCUCUCAAGUUUCUCUGAAACACAAAAUUCUCGUAGUGCAACAUAGUUAUUUAUCUUUUCUGCUACUUCAGUAACUUUCCUUUUAAACCCUGCUGUAUUUUUUUUUUGUUUUUUUCUGCAGAGCAUUUUUGCACAAAAUGAUGAAGAAAUUUCAAAACCUCAACUAUCUGUAUGACUGUAUUCCAUGAGUGCCUAUUUGACCUGAUGUGUCUUAAACCUUUGCACCAAAUUCUUCCAUUUCCUUCCAUGUUCUGUCAUCUACUGUUGUUUUAGUUUCUCAAACUAACAUUUUAAGUUUUUAUCUCUGGUAAAAAUGUUAUCUGACAUUUGACACUCAUAUAGUCUCCCAAUCAUAUCCUCAUCGUAACAUUUAUGUACAGGAUAAUACCUUGGCUCACAAAAGUUGCUCUGUUAUCUGUGAAGAGUGAGGGUUGACUUUUUCAGGAGAGAUAUAUAGAAAAUUCCACAGUUUGUGGACAACUGUGGGGGACUUUUACAUGAGAUCGACUUUUACUCCAGUAUAUACGGUAGAUAAAUACAUACGCUUUGCAAAAGCUUUUCUUCUUGGGUUUCCUUUAAGAUCAAAAAUCUUUUGGGUACCUUUUAAAUAUGGCAAUUUAUGAGCAGAUCUAACCAAAAGAUAAUUGGAUAGAUUUAAAAAGAAGCUAAUAAUCUGAAACUGUAGUGCCAAGAACGUUUUCUAUUUUCAUGCAAAAAACACUAUUGUAAUAAACAGAUUAACUGCACAUUUAUUUAAGACGUAUGAAAUGGAUUUAAUUCAGUUGUGAAUGCUACACUAAUGCAGCCAAAAUGUAGUAUGUACCUGUAAAACUAUGCACAUUUAUAACCUUUGCUUGUCUUUGUUAUUUAUCCAAAUGCGAAAUCUAGCUGACUUAUGCUGAAACCUAUUAAUGUAUCAUACCUUUGGUAUGUUUGGAAUAUGUGAAUGUCCUGAAAAUGAUUGAACCUUUAAAGAACCUGUUUCUCAAGACUGACACAACUAAGUUAGAGAAGAAUCCUGAAGCACUAGUGCAAAUGCUGUUUGAACAAAAUUGACACUUCCCUUUUCUCAAAACUUGUUAAUGUUAUUAUUCUACUCUUAAUGAUCUAAUUCAACACGGCAUUUCAAGGUGGAUCACCACUUAUUGAAGCUUCAAUAAAACCUUUUCUACUCUCUCAUUGUUAGUUCAUUUAAUUUUAGCUACAAACUUUGGAACACGGUUUCUGCAAAGGUUUUGGGACAGGUUAAGAGGGCAUAACGCAGGCACUGAGUACAUCAGAUAUCUUCCAACUGUAGCCAGGCAAGCCACAUGCCAUUAAUAUUGUAGAA